AGCGGCGGCAAUAUUAUUAAUUUUUAUAUUGAUGAGCGCUCAAAUGAAUACAUUAUUACACGCCCCAAAUAUUACUGGUUAGUACUAAAUAUUUGAAAAUUAGAUAAACUAUACUUGUUAUUUUUAAACCCCGUCCUUUGACCCAAUUGACGGGGUUUGGAUCCGCCCCUGUACUGUAUAUGUAAAACUGAUGAUCCAACAGGAGAAAUGGUUGCAUGCGAUAGCUGUGAUGAAUGGUUCCAUCCCACAUGUUUAAUAUUGAAAAAAUUGCCUACUCGGAAAAUAUGGUAUUGUAUAGACUGUAGGAAAUUGAAAAAGAGAAAAAAAGACACAUAAUGCAAAUAUGAUGAAGAUUUAUGAUGUAAAAAUUAUGGCCACUGGAGGAUCUACUCACCAAGCCUUGAUUGCAAAGAAUGAAUAUCAAAUCAAACUGGUCACUCUUGUCAAUGAAUGUGGGGAUCAUUUACUUUCAAUGCUGCAUGAUCAGUCUCGUGGUAACAUGCCGAGAGAUGAAAAAAAACUAUAUCUAGCGUUAUUACCAUUUAGGAAACAUUUAAAACAUUUAAAGAAGGACCAGUUAGAGAUUUUAUUUCCAAAAAAUAAACAAACUGACUCAAAGUUGUUUGAUAUCACUAUUUUGUGUGAUGUUUUGAUAAACUGUUGUCCCAGCAUACAAGCACCAAUUGGUGGGUGGAGAAUUAAAAUUCCCCAGCUAAAUGAUUUCAGCGAUGGUGCUGAAAUCAUUCGAGUCAGAAGUGCAAGAAAUAAUGUUAUGCAUGCAAGAGCACUAACUGUAUCACAAUAUAAUCAAUUAUGGAACAACAUAGAAUGUAUAUUAACAAGGCUUGGAUACAACAUUGCAAAGAUUCAGGAUUUAAAAUCUGGUUGUUUAAAAGAUUUGGAGUUGUUUAAAAUUAAAGUCAUAAAAGCAGAGAUUGAAAUUCAAAAAUUUGAUGUAGAGAAAAAUCAAGACAGCAUCAAGCAAAACCAAGAUGACAUCAAACAAAAUCAAGAGUCCAUUAAACAAAAGCAAGUGGAUAUUGCACAAAAUAAAGAUCAUAUCAUCCAAAAUCAAGCUGACAUCAAACAAAAUCAAUGUGAUAUUAAGCAAUUACAAAAUGAAUUGAAAACAAUGUUAUGUGCUCCCGAAGCAUCCCAAUUAAAUGAAAUUAGAAAAGAUCUGCCUAGUUUCACUAUGUUUAAAAAUCACCGGGGAAAUCUUGUUGUUCAAUUCGAUGAUGACUGGUCUAUACAAUGUGUACAAAUCAGCAUUACUAAAAUCUCUGCAAUAAUUUGGAAAAAACUCCAGGAGAAUGAUGAUUACAUUGUAAGAAAAGACGAAGGAAAGUUGAGCUUAAUAAUUUACAACCUUAACAAAGACUAUGUUAGUGAUUUGUCAAUAUCGUUGAUCAAUCUAGAACAAGAAAGUCAAUCUGUUUUUAUUCAAGAUAUUUAUUUAGUAAGCGCACAUAACUGCACAGCUGAUCGUUUAAAUGUUAUAACACACAACAGUGGUAUAAUAUCUAAAGAGAUAGAGACUAUUGUGAAGACAGAAACAGAAGAGGCAGAUGUGGAAUUUAUAUGUGGUGGAAGCAGACAAAGAAUGACACAUGUGCAAUAUAAAAGAUUUGAAAGAGAUUACAGUCAUCGCUUUUUUACUAUCAAUGACAGGUGCAUGGAAGAACCACUACAAUUCCCCCCACCAAUAUUUAAUGAAACAAGUUCAAUAUUCGCUCAAAGAAUAAAACAUAUUAUGGCCAAAUCAAAACAUCGUUUAUUCACAAUAUUUACACAUUACAACUCGAAAGAACAUAUAGAAUUUUUAAAACUAGAUAAACAAUUUUCUUUUAAAACUGUUUCUGAUACUAACAGAAUCUUAUUUUUUUUACCCAAUACAAUCAUAAACAUUAGGUGUACAGAUGCAACAAAUUUAUUAAGUAUACAAGAGGAAUUUGAAGCUGGUGAGGAGGAUAUAAAGGCACUAUCUGUCAUCAAUAAAGAAUAUAUUGGAAAGGUUAAGUUGUCAAUGGUGAACGUAGUAGCUGCUCCAAAUUUCAAACACACUAAAGACACUAACAUUUGUGUUGAUUGUGAGUUGCUCUGUAACAAAAUUUGGUCUAAAGAUGAUAGUGUUCUGAAAUUCUUUUCAAACAUUAUACAGAAAGUGCAAUUAGAAAAUAGUCAAGAUGAUGACAAAGAACAUUAUAUCAGUAUGGUCAGCAAAAUUAUGUGUUUUAUGGCAACACGGAAAGCACUCUUUUCUGUUCCUUCACUCAGUGAUAACAUUAAUGAUCAAAUAAGCUCACUGAUAUUGACUACCCAGCAACUACGUAUUUUGUACGAGAAAUCAAAGAAAAAGAUCGUAUAUGGUCCCCUGGGUAGUGGUAAAACUAUCUUAGCUUUAUCUUUCUUGGAGUUUGUUUAUCAAAUAUCUGAAACCAAAUCUGUUAUAUACUACGUCAUUUGGGAUGAUAAAACAUUACUGAAACAAGACGUUCUAAGUCAUGUUAAUAAUAAAUUUAGUAACAAGGCCAAUGUUACCAUUGUUGUGAGAGAUGUUGUGGAACUAGCAAAGGAUUUAAAAAUGGUAAAAGUACCAGCACCAUCGCAGUUGCUUCUUUCAUUGGUUAAGAAACAUGCUGAUGAAAAGGUACAUGUUAUAAUAGAUGAAUUAAAUGGUGAGUUGUUUGAUAUGCAAGAAUCGUCAUCGCUGGAACAUUAUUUGGAAACUGAGAACAAGGUACAAGAUUUCAUUUUCGUUUUCUUUCCACAAUCAGUGGAAAAGCACAGAACAUUCAUUUCACGCAAAUUUAUUACAGAGCAUAACAAAUAUAAAUAUAAAGAAACAGGAAUGAAAGUAUUUAAGCUGAACAGAGCAAUGAGAACACCAAAAAUGAUUUUUAAUUUUUUAAAGGCUUUUGAAAGUAAAGCAGCUGAUGUAAAAACAGCUAUUAAGCUUCCUGUUCAAGAAUCUCGACUAAAAGAUGUGGCAGUGGCAUCACUGGAUGGUUAUGAUAAGGAGAAAGUAUUAACGCAACCACAACAACAACAAGAACCUCAAUUAGACCAACAACUACACCAAGCUAUUACCCACACAAGAGCCCCUAUAGAAGAAGGUGAAAGUUUUGAAGUGCCUGUUGAUAUUGAUAUUGUUGCAGCUUCUCUCAAUGAUGAAGAUCUUUCUGAAGAUGUUAGAACUGAAAUAAAAUGGGUGUUUAACUCUGCAGACAUAAUCGGUCAUAAUAUCAAUGGUAAAAAGCCAUUAUUAAUACAUCCAGAAAUCCAACAAGUAACGGAAGAGGAAGUUAUUCCAUUGUUGGCUUUUGUUUUGCAAGAUACUUGUUUGCAAGGUGUUACCAAACGAUUGUUCCUUUACAACACCUUACACCAAAUGACUGUUUUUUACAAAUUGCUGAAACUGUUAAAAAUGGAUUUCUUUCGCUAUGAUGAUUCUACCGAUUGGAACAUUCUAACAAGCGACAACACGAUAGUUAACAAUCUUUCACAUUGUGCAACCUAUAAUCUGCUCACAACCCCACAGGGUAGCCGUGGCAUCGAAGCAGCUGAAUGUGUGUGCGUAAUCGACAAAGACGACUAUAAGUUAAAACAUUUGACGUUGGAAGGAAUGUCAAGAGUGACGCAAAAUCUGAUCCUUAUUUCAACAUCAAACAUCAGGAAAGCGAACACGUUAAUGUCAUCAACUGGUCACAUUAUUAGUGAACUUUUACCUGGAUACCUAAUUGAAUGUGGCAUAGAUCGUUUUGAAGAUGACAACAAUGAGAUUCCAUUCACAAAGAUUUCAAGCGACAAUAAAAUAAUUUUUAGAAUAAACACUCAGUCUUGGCAAUAUGAAGAAAUGAUAGAAGAUAGUAAGGUUAUUGAUUGCCCUAACACAACGCCAAACAUCUUAAGUGCAACUGAAAUUGUUUUUAAUAGUCUUCAUCCUCCGAAAAUCGUUACCAACAUAAACUGUUCGUAUUUGUCAGACACUUCAUGUAAAUUAACUUGGAAAAAAGAAGGAUAUAGAUACAAUGUUAAAGAACAAGACAACACAGAUUCGGUUUGGAUCCUUAAAGCUAGUAACAUUACCUCAAACAUGUGUGUUGUUGAUAAUUUGGUGAUUGACGAGACAUACAAAUUUUGUGUCAAUGCUAGCAACCUUAUUGGCCAAUCUGAUGACAGCAUUGUGUUCUAUCAUCACUUUUUUCCAACCAUUCCAGGUGUCACAUUUGCAGAUAUCGCGAAACUCAUUUUAAAUAACGACAUAUUUGAAAUGGAACGCUUGCUCUUCAAAUACCCAAACAUCGUCCACAUAAGGGAUAAACAUGGAUCAUUAUCGAGAGGUCAUCGUGAACGUACACCAUUGAUGUGGACGGCAUGGAAAACCGACAAUUCAGCAAUGGUGGAAAUGUUGAUCGAACAUGGUAGUGAUGUUUGGGCAGAAAGUAUUUUCGGACGAAACAGUUAUCAUUACGCUGGAAUGAACAAUCGUUACAGAGUAUUAGACGUGUUAUGUCGACAUGAUGUGACAUACAUUAACCGUGGUGAUUUUAACAACCGAACACCAUUUUUCCGGACUGCAUGGUUUGGUAAUGUUGAAUGUGUUAAUAUAUUGUUACAUUAUGAUAGCGUCGAUGUGACGAUCAGAGAUACAAAUGGUUACAAUGCGUAUGAAGUUGCGGGAAAAUAUACGAAUGGACACAACCGUAAAAUAAUAAGACAGCUGAUCAAGGACUAUGAAAGAAAGAAGGAAUCCUCAAUCCUCCAAUCUCAGUAAUUUUAUGGAUAUUGCAGAUAAAUUUGUAUUUAUUUGUAACUCGCCGUUUUAAUUUUUCUCCACAAAAACUUUUUCGUGUAAUAUUUUAACAUGUAAUAUUUGUUACUCUCAAAAACUUCGUCACUUCGACAUUUUUUUUUGUCCGAUUUGGUAUAAAAAUGGUCAAACUGCCAGUACUCUGCGUCCGAUUAGCUGCAGAAGUUUAACUUUUAGGAGUGCGUGUUAUUUAACAAUGAGUUUAUUUUAAAAAAAUUUUAUUUGUAAUCAUUUUAGUUGUUAUAUAAAAAUAGUUUUAAGUAUAUAAAAAUAAAAUGUCUGUAAACACGCCCAUGUAGGAAGAAUAAAAUAUGUCAUGUGCUGAGUAAGGUCAGCACCAGAAGAGAUCAUCGAGCGAAGAAAAAGGUGACGAUAUGUAUACGUAAAAAACACAAUGGCAUGACCGUGACUGAUUUAAAUAAUUAUAUUUUAUACUAUAUUCUAUAUUUUUAAUUUUUUUCUAAAUAAAUGUUUUUCGUUU